UUUCAUAUCCAAGGAAACGUUACGUGGAGAAAGCAGCCAACAGAAAUGAAUUGUCAUCCAAAGAAAAUAGAGAUGGCUAAGGGAAAAAGGCCUGUGACAGCAUUGCUUAGUUUUCCUGGAUCAGGAAACACCUGGACAAGGCAUCUAAUAGAAUUUACUAGUGGUAUAGCCACCGGGUCUGUUUACUGUGAUCCUACCCUUAAACCAGUUUUCAUUGGUGAAUGCCAAGUCCGAAAUGUCAUUGUGAUAAAAUCACACGAAAGAGAAAACGACUGGGUCAAGUUUGAAAAAGCUAUAGUUUUGAUUCGAAGUCCUUACAGAUCUAUAAUUUCGUUUUUCAAUUAUAACAACGCAAGAAACAGACAUAAAGGAUUUGCACCAAAGGAUGUCUUUGAUAGGAAAUUUGGAGAUUUUUCAAUGACAUAUAUUCAUGAUUGGUUAAAAUACAAUUUAAAAUGGCUGCAGUUUAAAGGACCAACAUUUGUUGUAAUUUAUGAAGAACUUUUGCAGAACACAGUCAGCGAACUGAAAAAACUGAACGAGUUCCUAAAUGUAACAGUUUCAGACAAUACUUAUGCUUGCUUACUUAAAAACUUAGAAGGUGGCUACCGUCGCAGUUACAAGUCACUUAAUGGGACAUUUAAUCCUUUGCAAUAUUAUACAAGACAUAUUAAUACAACUGUCGAGAAUGCAAUUACGAAGGUAGAAAAAAUGAUUGCACAUAUUACCGGUAUUAAUCAUAACAUUGAGCGUUAUACUUCUGUAUUCAAAUGAAGCUAA